UCGUACACUGACCUGGAACAGAGAUCUUUGUGUUUUGAAAACGAGGUUCAUCAUGGCGGCCGCGGGAAAUAAAAUUAAGAUUUUCCAAUGAUUUUCGCGGGAAAAUAGGAAAAUCUGAGAUUUACAAGCAUUCUAGAGGGAACCGAUCGUCCGAGAGCAUUGCUGAGUUAUCCGGGAAUCAAGUAAACCAUCACCAUGUCGUCCCUGGUGAAGAUGAGUAUCCAGGGCAUCCGGAGCUUCGGCCCAGAUGACAAGGAUAAACAGGUGAUCAAAUUCUUCAACCCCCUGACCAUCAUCCAAGGCCACAAUGGUGCAGGGAAGACCACCAUAAUUGAAUGUCUGAAGUACAUGACGACAGGAGACUUCCCUCCAGGCUGUGCCAGGGGCGGGUCAUUUGUGCAUGACCCAAAGGAACUGCAGCCAGUGGAGAAGCGUAUCGACAAGAUCAAUGCCAAGGCCAAUGAGAUCCACCAGCUUGAGAAGAAGAUCAGCAGUUUACAGAGCAGGAAGACACAGAUGGAGAGAGACAUGCAGGACCUUAGAGACAACCUGGAGAACAUCUUCUCAGGUUCUACUGAGCAGCUGAAGAGACAGCUGAGUGAGCACCUGGGACAGGUGGAGGAGAACGAGGAUGCUGUACGGCAGCUGGAGAUGAGGAUGGACCAGGUCACCAGGGAGUGUCAAAGGUAUGGCCGUGAGAAGGGAGACCUCCUAGUGAAGCAGGGAAAACUGCAGCAGGAGGCCACGCUGCAUGGACAGAACAUCCAGGACAGGGACCAGCUGGAGAGGAGGGAGAUAGAGAUGGAACUCAGUAAGGUGGACGCCUCCACGGAGCGGAUUGCGAGCCUGGGAGCCGACCUGGCCAGGAAGGAGCGGGAGCUGCAGCAGGUGGAGGAGUCGGCACACAUUCCACAGCUGAAGGAGGAGGUGCUGCAGCUGCAGAAUGAGAAGAGACAGCUGGAUGGUCAGCUGGGCCAGCUGGAUGCGGAGCUGCAUCAGAUGCACCUGCAGUCGUCUGUCCGCACACAGCUGGAGAUGCUGCGCAAGGACAAGGUGGCCAAGGAGGACAGCAUCAGGAAACUGAAGCAGAGGCACCAGUCGGAACUCACCGAUCUCAUGGGUCAUUUCCCCAGUAAGACAGAGUUGGUGGAGUGGUUGAGUCAGAAACAGCAGGAGAUCACACAGAGCCAGCGCCGCACACAGAAGGUGCACCAGGAGGUGUCAUCUCUCGAGGCCAGGAAGAAGAUGCUCACAGAACAACUCAAGAAGAGGGAACAGGAGCUUGACAAGUAUGAGGAACAGCUGUUUGAUGUGUGUGGUAGUCAGGACUUUGAUGUGGAGAUGGAUGAACUGGGAGACCACAUACAGAAACUACAGGACCAGAAGGGGGCGCUGGUGGGCACACGCCACCUGUACACCCGGUUCAUCAGUGAGCUACAGAAGGAACCCAGCUGUCCGCUGUGUGAACGCCGCUUUGGUGACGACCAGGAGGUCAAAGAACUGGUCGACUUCAUUAAGCAAAAGAUCGCCAGAGUGCCAACAGAGCUGAACACGAAGGACCAGCUUCUCCGGCAGCAGCAGCAGAAGUACGACACCAUGAUGUCACUCAAGCCAAUCAGGAAACAGGUCGUCGACCUCAAGGACCACGAGGUUCCCGAUAUCAAGAGCAAGAUCUCCACUAUCAACCAGGAGAUAGAACAAAAGCGAACCCAGAUCACAGAAGGAGAUGAACUGUUUGCCACAUUGUCCAUGGAGGAGGAGAUGGCCAAGGCCUGUAAGGAUGACAUCGCCAUGAUCGAGCGCUAUCGCACUGAACUCCGGGAACUCGAGAGGAAGAUUGCCCAGCAGUCGUCUAAGCUUGCAGGGUCAGAUAGUGGGCGCACCAUUGAGGAAGUGAACAAUGCUAAACAGGACAAGCAGCUCCAAGUGGACAACACGGCCGCCAAGCUGGAGCAGAAACGGCAGCAGAUCAGCGACCUGUCGGAGAGGAUCAACGCGCUGAAGAUGGAGGUGAACACGAUCGCGGGGGAGAAACUGCGGCUGGAGAGCGAGCUGCAGCGGAUGAAACAGCUGGAGGAUCAGAAGGCGGAGCUGGUGUCUCUGUACCAGGAACUACAGAGGGAGAUCAAGGAUACUCAGGAGAAGCUAGAGCCUCUGGAGUCCAGACUGCAGGGUCUCCGGCGCGAGAAAGACGACAUCACUCGGAAGAAGGAACAGGCCGUGGAACGUGCGAAAGGCAAGGUGGAUCAGGAGAAGAGUCGGAAGAACGAGGUGGCCAGUCUGGAUGCUGAGAUUGAUAGGUACAUUGAACAAGGGAGGGACAAGCUGCUACAACAAACAGAGGAAAAACUGCAAGUUCUGGAGAACAAAGUGAAGAAGGCAGAAGAUGAGAAAGAGAAAAUGGACUCUAGGAUGCAAACCUUAAGAAAGGAGGUAGCCAAUCAGAAGGCCAGAGAAAGAGAGCUACAGGACAACCUACAACUGCGGAAGAGAGAAGAGGAAGUGAACAAGCUAGCAGGAGAGAUCUGUGACCUGGAGGAGGAGCUGGGAGGUCUGGAUGCCCGCAGUAUUGAGCAGGAGAAGAGGAAGCUGGUGGAGAAAUACGAGCAGCUGAUGAAGGACAAACAUGUGGCCGAGGGGAGGAUGAGGGGGCUGGAGGAGGAGAUACGCAGGUACCGAAAAGAGCUCCAAUCUGAACAGUUCAAAGAUGCAGAUGUGAAGUACAGGGACAUGAUGAUUGUACUGAAGACAACAGAACUGGCUAAUGCUGACCUGGAAAAGUACUACAAGGCUCUGGACAGGGCUGUGAUGAGCUACCAUCACAUGAAGAUGGAAGAAAUCAACAAGAUCAUCCAGGAGCUGUGGCGGAACACGUACCGCGGGCAGGACAUUGACACCAUCGAGAUACGGUCUGCGGAGGACACCACCACAGCCGCGACCAAGAACAUGCGGCGCACCUACAACUACAGGGUGGUGAUGGUGAAGGGGGAGACAGCAUUGGACAUGAGAGGGAGGUGCAGUGCAGGGCAAAAGGUGCUGGCAUCCCUGAUCAUCCGCCUGGCUCUAGCCGAGACCUUCUGUAUCAACUGUGGAGUCCUGGCCUUGGAUGAACCCACCACUAACCUGGACAGGGAAAACAUCGAGAGUCUGGCCGCCGCCCUGAUGGAUAUCGUCAAGGGUCGCUCCAGGCAGAGAAACUUCCAGCUCCUGGUUAUCACCCAUGACGAAGAGUUUGUUGACCUUCUUGUCCAUGCCAACUUCACCCAGCACUUCUGGAGGGUGUCCAAGGAUCACGAUGGACUGUCGCAGUUGGUGAAGCAUGAUGCAGCAGCCUUACAGGACUAGUGGCAGAUCCUGGGGUGUCUCGAAGUUUCUUUUGCUUUGCACAAUUUUGUAUUACUUUUCUUGAAUCAUGUUCAAGCAUAGCAGACAGCAAAAUCCACUUAGCUUUAAAUCAUGUUCUAACACUAGUAGAUACCAUGUUAUUUUUUGGUUCUAACAUCUGCAUUAUUUUCCUUAUUUAACAUUUUGUGUUGUCACUAUGAUAGCAGCAAAGCUAUGUUUACAAAUUAUCUAUAGUUAUAGCAAAAGAAAGAAAACUAACUCAUUGCAAUCUUUCUGUUAAAGCAGAGCUUAUAAACAUAUACAUGUAAACAGUGCAAUGAGUCAUUGCAAUAAUAUUAUUGCAUGAAAACAGAUACAGGCAACAAGAAGAAGGUAUAUGUAUUUACCAGUACUGAUAGAAAGAAUACCAAUAGAAAGGUUUAACAACCAUAGCAAAGUUGUAUUGUCAAGAAAUCAUAAUACCAUGUACAUUGUGGUACCUUUACACUUAUAGAUGCUAACAGUAUGAUGGGAUAUAAAAAUACUUCUUAACAAAAUAGAUGUUCUGUUUUGUUGAGGUAGCAAGUUUUCUAUGUUAAGUAAUAGUAUGAAACCAAGACAUAAUAUAAAAAAAAAAAAAAAAAAAUUGAAUGAAAAAUAUAACAUUACAAAA